UCUUCCGGGUAGAGCGGCCCGGCUUCCUGUGUAGGCGCUGGGGUUGAUGGGAAAAUGCGGAUAUCCAGGAAGUGAGAGGAAGAGAGAGGAAGGAAGGGGGGCAGAAGGGGGGGAAACCCACACCUGGGCACAGGUAAGGAAAAGGCCAUAGGCAAAACUGAUUGACCCUCCCGGUGACCAUGGCUGUCUACAGCUAUAACCUCUUCCGUGCUGUUGCAAGGUCCAGGGGACCUCAUCUGCUUGUCCACUCCAACUGCUCUCCGUUACCCCCAUUAGUUGCAUUUGUCCAUUUGGUGGAUUCCCACCUUAACCGCACACCUCGGAGGGACUCUGAAAGCCAACAGCCUUUCUGCAGAAUACGACCGGGCGUUGGGCUGCCCCACUUGGGGAAUAAGUCUCUGCGAAUGCUUCACACGUCCGCUUACUGGCAGCAAGAACUCCAGGACAAGCCUCCGCCUGAUCAAAGCACGACAAAAACGGACAGUGAGGUGACCAAGGUCCCCGUUGACCAAGCCACCACCAUUGCCAAGAAAUCACUCCGACAGAGGAUUGUAGAUGAACUGAAACACUAUUACAAUGGAUUCCACUUGCUUUGGAUAGAUACCAAAGUGGCUGCUAGGAUGGUGUGGAGACUGUUACAUGGGCAGGUGCUCACGCGGAGAGAAAGGCGAAGGCUGAUGAGAACGUCCGCCGACCUCUUUCGCCUGGUCCCCUUCCUGGUGUUCAUCAUCGUACCCUUUAUGGAAUUCCUUUUGCCAGUGUUUUUGAAACUCUUCCCCGAAAUGCUUCCCUCAACCUUUGAAACUGAAUCCAAAAAGGAAGAAAAACAAAGGAAGAAACUGAGUGCCAAGCUGGAGCUAGCCAAGUUCUUACAGGAGACCAUUGCGGAGCUGGCCAGAAGGAACAAAGCCAGCACAGGAGAAGCCACACAGCAAUUCUCUUCCUAUGUUCAAAAGGUCCGGCACAGCGGCCAGCAGCCCAGCACCCAGGAGAUCAUUCAGUUUUCCAAGCUGUUUGAGGACGAGCUGACCCUGGAGCACCUGGAGAGGCCGCAGUUGGUCAUCCUCUGCAGACUGCUGGAACUGCAGCCCAUUGGCACCAACAACCUCCUCCGCUUCCAGCUUCUGAUGAAGCUCAGGUCGAUCAAAGCAGACGAUGAAAUGAUUUCCAGGGAAGGUGUGAAUGGGCUGAGUGUGUCCGAGCUCCAGGCCGCAUGCAGGGCAAGAGGCAUGAGGUCCUUGGGCAUUUCGGAGGAGCAGCUGAAGGAGCAACUCAACCAGUGGCUGGACCUGCAUCUUCGAGAGAAUGUGCCCCCUUCUUUGUUGGUGCUCUCCCGCGCCUUGUAUUUGACGGAGGUGAAGCCCAUACCGAUUCCUGUGACUCCAGCACCUGAGCCUUUCAAGAGCGAGAAAGUACGUGCUGUCGACCGUGAAACCUUGGUGGAUUCCGCUCCCAAAGUCCAGGAAAAAAAGACUGAAGAAUUUAUUUUGCAGCCAAAAGAGGCCUCGCCAGUCCCUGAGGUGUCAGUCAAGCCUCCUGGAAAUGAGACGAAACUGGAAGCCUCUCAGAGCAGCAAAGCCAGCGCCAACGGAGUCUAAGCAUUCUCCCAUCAUGGACUUGAGAACGGAGGGGAAACCGUUCCGUGUCUGGACCUGAUCUAGACUCGCAAAGGAUGGGCCUUUCUCGUCGUUGAGCUCCUGUCCACGUACAGAUUUCCUCCUCCCUUCCUUCUUUCGAGACCGCUUUGAUGUGACCUGGGUGGUUUGGUUCGCAUCUAAGCUAGACAAAAAAAAGGCACCUUGCAUUUAGUGGCAAACCUCUCCGUUUACCUUACCUCGUGUGACGUAACUUAUUGUUAUUAUUGUUUUUGUAGAUAUGUACAUAACCUACGACCAAGAUGUACUGUUUAACUUAUGCAACAUUGCCGAGCGUUAAAAUUUGUAUUUCCUCAAAGAUUUUAAGUAAAGCAGCCAUUUAUUCUUA